CUUUCGUUAGACCGAUUUUUUCAUGAAAAUUGUAUUUAUAAAUUUUUAUCUUAAAAGCAAUUUUUAUUUAUUAUUGCAUUAUUUAUAUUUGUAGAUAACGUACAAUAACGUGUAAAUAAAUUAUUAUGAGGAAAAAACUCCAUAUUUUAUAUUCCGAAAUUGUAAAGCUAAUUCUAAUUAUCUAAAUUUGGAUCACGUGAUGUUGUUUACUUCUAAAUAAUUUUAUAACUAUUAUUAUACUUUCAUGAUAAACAUUUCAUAAAAAUGAGUUUCAAAUAACAGAAUGUGAAAAAUGGUUAUGUUCAUUACACGUGUAUUAGAUAAAUGUGAAUAUAAUUUAAAAUUUUUUUCUACGGCUAUAUAAUUAUUUCAAAAAAUAAUUUAUUUCAUAAAAUAGAAAUUGAAAAAAUUGGGAAAAUACAAUAAUUGUUCAAGGAAACAAUAAAAUAAAUAUACAAAAUUUUUUUUAGAUUAAUUUUUAAUAUAAAUGUUUAUGAAAUAAUUUUAAUUUUAAUAAAUAAUUAAAGUUUUUAUAAUAUUAAAAAUUUAUCUUCAGCAAAGUUAAUUAUUUUAAUAAUGAAUAUUGAUUCAGAUAAUAGUGAACCAGUUAAAAAAAAAACUAAAUCUAAUAAUAUAAAAAAUGAUUCAUUUUGUGUUUUAAAAGACAAAAAUUACAUAGAUAAAAAUUCUGAAUAUCAGGAAAAAGAAGAGUUAACAGAUAAUGAAGAUAAUGAAGAAAGUACAUUAUCAAAUAAAGAUGAUGAUGAUACUUUAUUUCCAUUUCCUCCGGAUUAUGAUGUUACAGAUAUGUUAGAAGGAAUAAAAUAUCAUGGAUUAUUUCCUACAGUUACAGAUCGAUAUUUUACUGCUUAUUAUAAAUUAAAUGUACAAAGUCCUGCAGAUGACAUUUGUAUUUUAAUACAUAGUAAUCGUAUUUGUAUGCUUACUCUUGCACCAAGUCAUACUAUUUUUCAAGGUGAUAAAUAUAUAACAAAAGUAAAUUUUAAAGUUAGUAAUAAACUAGAUAGAGUCUUGAAUAAAGUUUCUGGUAAAAGUAAACAUGGUGCUCAACCUUUACAAAUGAAUUCCAAUAUUUGUAUAAUUACUUGUUCAAAUGAAAAGACAUACAUUAUUAAAUGUUGUAUAAUUGGAAAAUUAGUAGAGGUAAAUGAAGCAUUAAUAGAAAAUCCUAAACUUUUAUUGGAACCUCCACAUAAAGGAGGCUACAUAGCUAUAAUAUUGCCAAAUAUAAAACUUUUAGACAAAAUAAAAGAAUCUUUGUUAACUCAGGAACAAUAUAAUUUAAAAAUAUUAGAACAAAAAGUUACUAUGAAUCAUUUGGAAAUAUCACAAGUGUGUACAACAAAGACUUUAUUGAAUAAUGAUUUAAAAAUUAUAAAUAAGGAAACUCAAACACAUUGUAAUAAAGAUCAAAUUAUUUUAUCUAAUGUAAGUUGAUCUAAUAAUAUAAAAACAUAUUAUAAUUAUUUAUUAUAUUUUUUAUCUAAAUUUUAAAUAGCAAUAAAUAUUAUAUAUGGAGUA